AUGGCACAUAAAGACAAUCAAAUAAUUAUUGAAAUUCCAGGUAAUGAAAGUUCUCCAAGCGAUCGAACUUCUUAUUCAGUACCAACUUCUGCACCAAAUAUUUCGGUGCCAUUGGUUCAUCAGCAAACUAAUACUUUUAUGAAACGUGUUAGUUUAGUUGCAUUAACAUUACAAAAUGCAAUGAGUAUAUUAUUAUUACGUUAUGUACGUACAACACCUGGACCACGUUUUAUAAAUUCAACAGCUGUUGUUACUUCUGAAAUUCAAAAAACAAUUUUUAGUAUUAUUUUAGUUAUUAAUGAAGAACGUAAUGUUGUUAAAGCUUUUAAAUUAAUCUAUGAUAAAAUUGUACGUGAACCUUAUGAUACAUUUAAAACUGGUCUACCUGCUUUACUUUACACGCUACAAAACAAUCUAUUGUUUAUAGCAAUUUCAAAUUUAGAUGCUGCUACAUUUCAGGUCACAUAUCAAUUAAAAAUAUUCACAACUGCUAUACUAAUGGUAUUUAUUCUACGUCGACAAUUGAGUCUUGUUCAAUGGUUUGCAUUAUUUCUUCUUUUUAUUGGAAUUUCACUUGUACAAGUUGAAAAUAUGACAUCAACAGCAACAAAACAAGAUGUUAAUGCUGUAUAUGGAUUUAUGGCUGUUAUAACUGCUUGCAUAUUAAGUGGUUUGGCUGGUGUUUAUUUCGAAAAAAUUCUCAAAGAAAGUAAAGAAGUAUCUGUCUGGAUACGUAAUAUUCAAUUAGGUAUAUUUGGAAUGUUUUUUGGUGCUAUAACAACGUACUUAUCAGAUGGAGCAGAAGUUCAAGCAAAAGGUUUUCUAUUUGGUUAUACAUCAAUGGUAUGGGUAGCUACACUUAUUCAUUCUAUUGGUGGUCUUAUUGUUGCAUUAGUAGUUAAACAUGCUGAUAAUAUAUUAAAAGGUUUUGCAACAUCAAUGGCUAUUAUUAUAUCAUGUAUUGUUAGUAUAUUAAUAUUUGAAUUUCAAUUAACAAUAUUAUUUACACUUGGCUCGAGUUUAGUUAUAUUUUCAAUAUUUCUUUAUUCAAUACCAGAAUUAAUAUUCAAAGUACCUAUAUUAAAUGUUUUCUUUCGGGAAAAAUCAAUAGUAUUAUAA